GCACUUUAGUUCUUACUAGACAACCACCCAGUCAGAACCAAGUCAUUGAGGACUCUUGAAGUGUCAUCAAGGUUUGGUUUCGAAAGACUAAACGAUCUCGAGGUUUUGAUCUGGAAGUGAACUUUUGCAAGGGAAGAAAGUGCUAUAGCAACACAUUUUUCUUCGGUUCGUUAAAGACUAGAAGCCUGACGAGAUGGUCAUCAUUUCAAUAGGGGGGCUAAACGCCCGGCUUGCCUUCGCCAUCGCUGCCGCCGCCUUCGGGUCCGCCUUCCAGCAUGGCUACAACCUCGGCGUCAUGAAUGCGCCGCUCGGGCUAAUCGAAGACUGGCUGAAUGAAACGAGCUCCACCGAUAGUGGGCUGAACGACACCAUGUCCAACAACACGCGGACGUACAUGGAUAAAAGCGAAACGACUAUGAUUGUCUCCAUUAUUGUGUCCAUCUACUGUGUGGGUGGCAUGAUCGGAGGCUCGCUCACGGGUUUCUUCGCAAAUAGGUUCGGCCGCAAAGGAGGCCUACUUGUGAACAACAUCUUCGCCAUCAUCGCUGCGAUUUUCUUCGGCUUCUGCAAACUGGCCAACUCUUACGUUAUGAUCAUUAUCGCCCGCUUCUUCAUCGGCGUCAAUAACGGUCUUAACGCCGGUCUGGCUCCAAUGUACCUGUCGGAAAUUGCGCCUGUGAACCUCCGAGGCGCCAUUGGAACCGUCUACCAGCUCGUCGUCACCAUCUCCAUCCUGUUCUCACAGAUCCUGGGUCUGGAGUCUAUCCUCGGCACGGUAGAUUUGUGGCCUAUCCUCCUCGCCCUGACCGCCCUGCCUGCCGUCUUCCAGCUGGUCACUCUGCCCAUCUGCCCCGAAUCUCCCAAAUACCUUCUGAUUAACAAGGACGAGGCCAUUUCCGCCCAGCGUGCACUCACUUGGCUCCGCGACACAAGCAACGUGCAAGAGGAAAUGGGCGAGAUGAGGAACGAGGCAGAGGCGGCCAAGCUGGUGCCCCACGUGUCCCUGCGCGAAAUCACGACCAACCCGACUCUGCGCAUCCCUCUGGUGAUCUCCAUGAUGAUGAUGAUCGCCCCACUCUCGGGUAUCAACGCUGUCAUCUUCUUCUCCACCAAAAUCUACCUGGCAGCCGGCCUGAGCGACGAGGCCGCCCUGAACGCCACCAUCGCCAUGGGAACCAUGAACGUGCUCAUGACCAUCUGCUCCCUCGUCAUGGUGGAGAAGUUCGGCCGCAAGACCCUCAUGCUGGCCGGCCUCUUCGGCAUGCUGGUGGACGUCCUCCUCCUGUUCAUCUGCCUCCUGCUCAAGGACUACGCUUCCUGGAUCAGCUUCCUGUCCAUCUUCCUCGUCAUCUUCUUCGUGGUGAUGUUCGCCGUCGGGCCCGGAUCCAUCCCCUGGUUCCUCGUGACGGAGCUCUUCGCCCAGAACGCCCGGCCGGUCGCCUCCUCCAUCGCCGUGGCCGUCAACUGGACCGCCGCCUUCAUCGUCGGCCUCGGGUUCCUCCCCAUCCAGGAGGUUAUCGGCCCCUACGUGUUCCUGAUCUUCGUCAUCCUUCUCUCCCUGUUCAUCCUGUUCACGUGGAAGAAGGUUCCGGAAACGAAGGGCCGCUCCAUCGACGAAAUCACGGCCAUGUUCAAGCAGUCGGCCUACGGAGGCAACAGCGUGUGAGGAGAACGGCCAGCUUCCGUCGUUCUUCCCGGAGCGAACGGAGAAGUGAAAACCGUUCAAGGUGUGACGCUUUUUUAAGGAGAGAUGAGAGGAGAAAAAAAA